AUAGAGUUAAAAAUAUAAAAAAUAUAUAUUUAUAUUAUCCUUUUUGACAAGCAUUGAUCCUUUGAAUCGUUUUUACCAUUGUGAAUAGUCUACCUAUGUAAAACAAAAUUAUGCAGCUCAGCAAGCGGCGAUAGAAUUUUUGUUAGAAUUUGUUCACCAAGUUGAAGCACUUCUUGAUUGAAAAAAUUUACGUUCGACAAUCAAAUAUUUGAAGUGAAUGUGUGGUAGUCAAAAGGUGUGAGUGCAUUGCAAUUUGAAAGCAAUAUCUUGGUCCUGUAACAGACAUGUAAAUUUCAUUCGAACAGCUACCGAUUGAACGCACAUGUAUGUCGUGUAUGACCACUUAUAACAAAAUUCCAAAUUGUUAGGUACCACGGCAGUAAACAUUGGUAUAUUGAUUUAGUAUGAAAAAUAUUGCCAAAUAAAUAAAUUUUCAGAUACCCUACAAGACGGAGCUAAAGCUCCAGUUACCGAUACUUGACUUGACCUAGAGAGACUUGAUAACUGUCACAUAAAAGAUCCGUUUAAUGGGCCUUGCAUGUAUUUGAUUACCGAACGCAUGACUUGACUUGAAAGUCUGUUGAAUUUAGAAUUUCAAGUUAAGUUGACAUUUCAGAGAGUGGCAUCUUUGCUCUCUCUCUUUAUUUUGACAUUUCAGAGAGUGACAGCUCAGUUGUUUCGCUCGCCUUUUUGAUAGCACGCUUCAUUUCAUUUUCAUCAUUUCAUUUUCAUAUUCUCAUUUAAUUUUCUAUAUUUAAUUUGCCAUUUGAUAAAUAAUCCAAUAAACACAAUGAAUGAUGAAAAAUUAAUAGAAGAAGUGCGGGCGCGUGAAAUUUUAUAUAACAAGGCCUGCGUAGGCUACCGAGUGCCGAGCCGGAAGAGGGACGCGUGGGUAAGCGUGGCGAAGGAGCUAGGUGCUACUGGAAAGUAAUUGUUAUUAACAAUUUAUUUAUUAGAUUGUAAUAUAUUUUGUAUAUAUAUAUGGCUGACUCUAAGAGAAAGAUUCAGUAGGGAGGUAAGGAAAAUGGAGGCAACAUCAGGAAGUGGGGCGAGUAACGCCGAAACCUGGCCAUUGUUCGAUAAUAUGAGCUUUUUAAAACAAUCUAUACAACCCAGAAGAAAUCGUUGCACCACAAACAUUUUAGAUGAUAUGUUUUCGCAGGAGCUGUUGGAGCCAAUUAGUUUUGAAUGUUCUCAGACUAAUUUAUCGUCGCCUUCGGAGUUGUCGUUUUCAACUCUGAUCCGGAAAAGAGUAAAGAAAACAAACAGCGAUGACGACGGCUGCUUCAAAGAAGCGUGCGAGCUAUACAAAAGCAUGUGUGCAGAGAGGAGCAAAGGCAGCGAGGCGGUGAAGUCGUUUGGUGUUAUGUUGACCUCUAUCAUGAACGAUAAUAACAUAAAACAAAUGAAAGCAAUACAAGUUUUAACAAAUUCAUUAUUUGCUAUUAAAUCGGAACCCGAAUAAUUUUUUUUUAAUUUUUAAAUCAUUUGUUUGAUGUUUUAUACAUAUAUUGAAUUAAUAUGUAAAAAUGUUUAAAAGACUUGUUACCUAGACGUAAGAAACAACGAUGUAUCUUAUUUUUUAAAAAUAGUUUUAAAAUGUUUAAAACGCUUGUUACCUAGACGUAAGAAACAACGAUGUAUCUCAUUUUUCAAAAAUAGUUUUAAAAUGUUUAAAACGCUUUUUACCUAGACGUAAGAAACAACAAUGUACCUCAUUUUUCAAAAAUAGUUUUAAGAAUGUAUUUGAAAAAAAAAUAAAACAAUU